AUGGCGGCGGCAUCGAGCCGCCAGGGUCCAUGGGGAGGCCUGCUGUGCGGCCUGGCGCUGAUCCUGAUCUGCGUCAUGGCUUUCUCGAUCCGCCUCUUCUCGGUGAUCAAGUACGAGAGCGUCAUUCACGAGUUCGACCCCUACUUCAACUACCGCGUCACCCAGUUUCUUUCAAAGGAGGGGUUCUAUAACUUCUGGAACUGGUUUGAUGACCGCACUUGGUACCCUCUGGGGCGAGUCAUUGGUGGGACGGUGUACCCGGGUCUCACUCUCACGGCUGGGACCAUGUGGUGGCUCGCCAAUGCUCUCAACUUCCCGUUCUCAGUGGAGACGGUGUGUGUGUUCACGGCGCCAGUGUUCUCAGCGUUUGCGGCGUGGGCCACCUUUCUCUUGGCCAAGGAGGUCCGGGGAACGGGGGCUGGGCUGACUGCUGCUGCACUCAUCGCCAUGGUGCCGUCGUACAUCUCUCGCUCCGUGGCUGGCAGCUACGACAACGAGGGAGUGGCCAUCUUUGCGCUCGUCUUCACCUUCUACCUCUACAUUAAGACCCUCAACACGGGAUCACUGUUCUAUGCAACGGCCAACGCGGCGGCCUAUUUCUACAUGGUGAUGUCGUGGGGCGGCUACACCUUUAUCAUCAACCUCAUCCCCAUCCACGUGCUGCUGUGCAUCGUCACCGGCCGCUUCUCCUCGCGACUCUACGUCGCUUUUGCUCCCCUGAUCAUACUCGGCACGUUGCUGGCAGCGCUGGUGCCAGUGGUGGGCUUUAACGCCGUCAUGACGUCCGAGCACUUUGGAGGGUUCCUGGUGUUUGUGGUGCUGCACAUCGCGGCCCUCAGCUACUACAUCAAGGCGCUCCUGCCCGCCAAGGCCUUCCGCAUUGCUCUCACUCUCAUCGUCUCAGUCGGCACAGUGGCGGCAGUGGCGCUGCUCUCUGCUCUCGUUGCCAUGGUGCUCGCCAGCCCCACGCUGGGCUGGACUGGUCGCUCCCUCAGCCUUCUGGACCCCACAUACGCGUCCAAGUACAUCCCCAUCAUCGCGAGUGUCAGCGAGCACCAGCCGCCCAUGUGGACGUCCUACUUCAUGGACCUGCAGCUUCUCGCCUUCCUCGCUCCUGCUGGCCUCAUUGCGUGCUUCCUGCCGCUCACAGACGCGAGCUCCUUUGUGGCCCUCUACCUCGUUGUCUCUGUGUACUUCUCUGGAGUCAUGGUGCGUCUGAUGCUGGUGCUGGCGCCAGCAGCGUGCAUCACAGCGGGCAUCGCAGUGAGCGCUCUGUUUGACGUCCUCACUCGCUCCGUCAAGGCCUCUAUUGCUGAGCUCAUCGACCUGGCGUAUGCUGCUGCCAAGCAGGACAAGGGAGAGAAGGAGGAGACGACUGAUGGUGCUGGUGCUGAGGCCUCGAGCAAGACUGGCGAAGCAAGCCAGGCAAAGGAGCGCAAGGCGGGAGGGGCGAAGAAGAAGAAGGGCAGGGAGGGCGAGGGGGAGGGGGGGGAGUCUGACGAGGAGCCUGCAGGGGGGGCUGCGGGCGCUGCGGGGAAGAAGGGGGUGAAGGGGAAGGGGAGGGGGAAGGGGGGGAAGGAGGGGGGAAAGGAGAAGGAGAAGGCGAAGGGGAAGUUUCCGCUGGUGGUGCCGGGGGAUGCGGCUGCGGUGGGCAUUAUUCUCAUGCUCGUGGGGCUCGCCUUCUACACGAUGCACUGUGUGUGGGCGGCAGCAGACGCCUACUCAGCGCCAUCCAUCGUGCUCUCCUCGCCCACCCAAGACGGCGGGCAGUACAUCUUUGAUGACUUCCGUGAGGCGUAUGGGUGGCUGCGCCACAACACCGACGAGAAUGACAAGGUGGCAUCGUGGUGGGAUUACGGGUACCAGACGACCGCUAUGGCGAACCGCACAGUCAUUGUCGAUAACAACACGUGGAACAACACACACAUCGCCACAGUUGGCAUGGCCAUGUCUUCACGGGAGAAGGAUGCGUGGGCCAUCUACCGCUCCAUCGAUGUCAAAUACGUCUUUGUGGUGUUCGGAGGCAUGGUGGGCUACCCCAGCGACGACAUCAACAAGUUCCUCUGGAUGGUGCGGAUCGGAGGCGGUGUGUUUCCGCGGAUCAGGGAGCCCGACUACCUGAACAACGGCAACUACCGGGUGGAUGGAGAGGCCACCAGCACCAUGCUCAACUGCCUCAUGUACAAGCUCUCCUACUACAGGUUUGCGGAGGUGGACGGCGGGAGGGGCUUUGACCGAGUGAGGCGCACGGAGAUAGGCAAGAAGAACAUCAAGCUCACGCACUUUGAGGAGGCAUUCGGCAUUCAGAGAGAGCCUGACAGCGGGGUGCAAACCCGGAUCACUGCGCGUGUUGUGUUCGCUAGUCGACUUCCGGUUCAGCUGACACCCAUGGCGUUUUCGCGAAGUCUGUUUCGCGCGGCAAACGCCGUGAAGAGGAGCCAGAAGGAUGGGAGUUUCUCGCGGCUGUUCAAUCAGGCAUUUCGACCAUUGACCACUGAGCUGCACGCGAAGCUGCAGGAGGUGGUGCCGCAGCAGCAGGAGCGCAUUCGGCAGAUCAAGUCGCACUACGGCAAUCUGUCCAUGGGCAAGGUCACCGUCAACAUGGCGAUCGGAGGAAUGCGAGGGGUGAAGGGGUUGGUGUGGGAGACUUCGCAGCUCGACCCCGAGCAGGGCAUCAAGUUCCGCGGGUACAGCAUCCCCGAGUGCCAGCACCUGCUGCCCAAGGCCGUGAUAGAUGGCGAGCCCAUGCCCGAGGGGCUGCUCUGGCUGCUCCUGACGGGCGAGGUGCCCACCAGGGAGCAGGCGGCCACAGUGACGCACGAGCUGCACGAGCGAGCCAAGAUGCCUGAGUACGUGCACACGGUGCUGAACGCCCUCCCCAGGGACAUGCACCCCAUGACGCAGCUGUCUAUUGGAGUGAUGGCGCUGCAGAAGGGCAGCCGCUUCGCCCGCGCGUACCACGAGGGCAUGCCCAAGAGCAAGUACUGGCACCUGGCUUACGAGGAUGCUCUGGAUCUGAUUGCGACCCUUCCCCAGGUAGCAGCGCACAUCUACCGGCACACGUUCAAGGACGGCAAGAUCAUUCCACCCAAUGAGAAGCUCGACUACGCCGCCAACUUUGCGCACAUGCUGGGCUUUAACGACCCGCAGUUCCACGACCUCAUGCGCCUCUACCUCACCAUCCACGCGGAUCACGAGGGAGGCAAUGUCAGUGCCCACGCCACUCACCUGGUGGGCAGCGCCCUGUCAGACCCCUACCUCUCCUUCGCUGCUGGCCUCAACGGUCUUGCGGGUCCUCUGCACGGCCUCGCCAAUCAGGAAGUGCUGCGGUGGCUGGAAGAGGUGAAGGCGGACGUGGGGGAGGAAGCAGGCAAGGACGAGCUGAGGGACUUUGUGUGGCGCACGCUGCAGAGUGGAAAGGUGGUGCCGGGCUAUGGCCACGCUGUGCUGAGGGUGACUGACCCCCGCUACAGCUGCCAGCGCCAGUUCGCACUAAAGCACCUCCCGCACGACCCCACCUUUAAGCUGGUGUCCAACCUCUACGAGGUGGUGCCUCACAUUCUCCUUGAAACAGGCAAGGUGAAAAACCCCUGGCCCAACGUGGACGCGCACAGUGGCGUGCUGCUGCAGCACUAUGGGCUCACCGAGGCCAGCUACUACACGGUGCUCUUUGGAGUCUCGCGAGCCAUGGGAGUGCUGUCUCAGGUGGGUCUGUUGCUCUCAGGUGCUGUCUCAGUGACCUCCAAAACUGUUUCGCCUUGCAACGCUCCCCCCUUCUCCCCUCCCUUCUCCUCUGCUUUCCUCCCUCUAUCCCUUCUUAUCCUUCCCAACCUCGUCUUCUCAUCCCCUCCACUUGCACCUCCUCCCACCUCGCUCCCCUCCGCUUCUGCCUGCAGCUCGUGUGGGACCGCGCCCUGGGUUUCCCCAUAG